UUGGCUUCAAAAUAAAUUUGGUCUUCAAUUUUUUUUUUCUUUUUUAUACAAAUUCAAAGUGAUUGGUUUCGUUUUCUAUUCUGCAAAAGUUUAGAAAUUAAUUUCAGUCGAACAUUUCUUCCUAUUUUUGACUAACGAAAGAAAAACUUGACUAUUUGAUUUAAAUUAUUUUCUACAUUGUGAAAAAAAUUCAAAAUGAAACUGUGUUUCGUUUCAUUGGUUUCUCUGACCAUCGCUACAGCUGCUUCUAUUGGCAACUCUACUGAUAGUGCGGGAACGACCACCUUGACGUCAAUGCAAAAGCGUUACCACAUAUUGCCAUUGUUUAAGGGUGACUGGUUGACAGCAAAUAUGUACUGUCGCUUAAAGGACAUGCGUUCGAUUAGCAUUUCAACGAAAGAAGAGAACGAUCAAAUUGGAAAGAUAAUUCAAGACGCUGGCUAUAACAAUUUAAACUUUUGGGCCUCAGGAAGGAGGUUUGAUGGUCGUUUUCAUUGGUUUGACAGCGCUAAACAGAUAAAUUUUACAAAUUGGGCUUACGGUGAACCAGAUAAUAGAGGAGAUUGCUUUACGGUUUAUAACUGGGGCUGGUAUGUUAAUUCGUGCUCUAACGAUUAUCAUAUCAUGUGUGAAGAAGAUGUGCUCCACUAGUAGUCUUGAGACGAAUCCGUUCUGACAUUUCCAUUUUUAUGCAUAGAUCUUUCUUUGUAUGAAUCCAAUAUCAAUCAUUGAUACAUGUCUAUCUAACAUUUAUACUUAAGCUCAA